AUGUCGCGUGCGCUCCUCACCACCACUACUACUACGCUCCGAGCGUCUGCACGCCUGACGCCGCGGAUAUACUCUUCUGUGAAAACACCAAUACCAACACCAAUAUGCACCGCAGCACCACCAUCACCGUCCCAAACGCGAUGGAGCUCGCACUCACCCCUGGGCACCACGCCCGCGCACGCCCGCAAACCCGUCACCAUCACGACGCUGCACAGCAUGCACCGCAAAGGCGAGCCCAUCACCAUGGUGACAGCGCACGACUUUCCGAGCGCCCACGUCGCCGACCACGCGGGCAUGGACAUGAUACUCGUGGGCGACAGCCUGGCCAUGGUGGCGCUGGGCAUGGAAGACACGAGUGAAGUGCUCCUCGAGGAAAUGCUACUGCAUUGUAAAUCCGUGUCGCGGGCUACCAAAACUGCAUUUACCGUCGGCGACCUCCCCAUGGGCAGCUACGAAAUCUCACCCGCACAAGCCCUAUCUUCGUCGAUCCUGAUGCUCAAAACAGGGCGCGUCAAAGCCGUCAAACUCGAAGGCGGCGCCGAAAUGGCGCCCACCAUCUCGACCAUUACGCGCGCGGGCAUCCCCGUGCUCGCACACAUUGGCCUAACACCGCAGCGCCAAAACAGCCUCGGCGGGUUCCGCGUGCAGGCCAAAUCGGCGGGCUCGGCGCUGAAACUGCUGCGGGAUGCGCGCGCCGUGCAGGAUGCGGGUGCGUUUGCCGUCGUGCUGGAAGCCGUGCCUGCUGAAGUCGCAGGCUUGGUUACCGCCGAGCUGAAGAUCCCGACGAUAGGCAUCGGAGCUGGGAAUGCGUGUUCGGGCCAGGUUCUCGUGCAGGUGGAUAUGCUGGGCAAUUUCCCGCCCGGCCGCUUUCUGCCCAAAUUCGUCAAGCAGUAUGGCAAUGUGUGGGCCGAGGCGCAGCGCGCGCUGGAACUGUACAGGGAUGAGGUCAAGAGUCGCGUGUAUCCCGCAAAGGAGCAUACGUAUCCCAUGGCCAAGGAGGCGUUUGAUGAGUUCAAGGCUGUCGUCGAGGAGGAGGAGGAGAGGGGCAAGUCUGGGUCGGAAUGAUUGCUUUUGGAGAAUCUAAAAGGAAAGCUUGUGUCGUGGGUACAAUCUUUUGCAAGACCAGAUAGAUGGCCAUGUCGCAUCAUGUAUGGAGUGCCAUGAUAUAGAACCAUAUCCC